AUGAAUGAAACUACUCCUCCAGUCAUUAGUCUUCAGUUACAUCUUCGAGAUAAGCAAUCAAUUUGUUAUUGGCAACAUCGAGAUCUUCGUGAUGUAAUAGGUUCAGAAAUAUCAUCAAAAACUAUGCUCACUGAAUUCUUCACAAAAUGCACAACAACUGAAAAUGCAAGGAAAUUUCUAUACGUCGAAUUUCCUGAACACUACGUGUGGAGUAACCAAGCAAAGAUUUGGUCUGAUCGAAAGCACAAACUUGUCAUUGGUCGUAUAAACGCUGCAAACCCAAAAGAAGGAGAGAGAUAUUAUUUACGUCUAUUGUUAAAUCAUGUGAGGGGACCUACUUCAUGGGAAUAUCUUUUAACAAUUGAUGGUAUUGCAUAUAAGUCCUUCAAGGAAGCUGCACAAAAAAGAGGAUUACUAGAAGCUGAUGAUAGUAUUUCUGAUUGUUUAGUUGAGGCCACUACCUUCCAAAUGCCUUAUGCACUACGGAGAUUAUUUGCCAUUAUUUUAGUUUAUUGCCAACCAUCAAAUGUAAGAAAAUUAUGGAACGAUCAUUUUGAAGCGAUGGCAGACGAUUUCAAGGGAGGAGUAGAUGAAUACAUGCUACCAGCUCGUGUUGCAUGGACAUUAAAAAGCAUUAGUCUAUUCCUUGAGAGUAUGGGUAAACAUAUUGCAGAUUAUGAUCUACCAUUACUGAUACAUGAUGAUGUUGACCAAUGUCAAACUUUACCAAGAGAAAUUAUUGAUGAAAGGGAGAUAAACAUUCCAUUUGAAGAUUUUCAUGCUCAAUCAAAGUUAAACCCAAGGCAAAAACAAGCCUUCGAUAUCAUAUUAGAUAGAGUCAACAAAAAAAAAUCUGGAAUAUUUUUUGUGGAUGGUCCAGGAGGAACAUGUAAAACUUUUCUUUAUCGUGCAUUGCUUGCAAAUUUAAGAUCAAGAAAGAUGAUAGCAUUAGCAACAACGACAUCAGGAGUGGCUGCAGCAAUAAUGCCAGGAGGGCGAACUGCACAUUCGCGAUUCAAAAUUCCAAUUACUGCUAAUGAAACUAUAAUGUGCAAUAUAUCAAAGCAGGAUGGAACAUCAAAAUUGAUACGAUUGGCAUCACUUAUAAUAUGGGAUGAAGCACCUAUGGCAAAAAGAUUUGCGAUUGAGACGGUUGACAGAACAUUGAGGGACGUAAUGGGUGACAAAAGAAUUUUUGGUGGAAAAGUAGUUGUGUUUGGAGGUGAUUUUCGUCAAGUUCUACCAGUUGUUCCACGGGGCACUAGAGCAGAAACAGUCAAUGCAAGUCUUGUGAAAUCAUAUCUCUGGGAAAAAAUGGAGAAAUUAUCUCUCACUAUUAAUAUGAGAGCAAGAACUGAUCAAGUAUUUGGAGAGUUCUUAUUGCGCGUGGGGAAUGGAGAGGAACCCACAAUAGAUGAGAAUUUGAUACUUCUUCCACAUGAAAUGGUAGUAGAAUAUGACAAUGAUGAAAACUCUGAAAAAAAUUUGAUUGAUGCUAUCUUUCCAUCAUUACAAUCAAAUUCAUCAUCUGCUGAAUACAUGACACAACGUGCUAUUCUUUCAACAAGGAAUGAGUAUGUUGAUGGACUUAAUGAAAAAUUAAUUGCAUUAUUUCUUGGUGAAGCUAAAACAUUCUUUAGCUUUGAUGAAGCAGUAGAUGACACAAAUAAUUAUCACCAAGAAGAAUUCUUGAACACCUUCAUGCCGAAUGGACUCCAGCCUCACAAAUUGAUUCUUAAAAGAAAUUGUCCGAUCAUGCUGUUACGUAAUCUUGAUCCAUCUAAUGGAAUGUGCAAUGGCACACGAAUGAUCUGUAGAGGAUAUGAACAUAAUGUUAUCCAUGCUGAAAUCACAAUUGAAAACAAUUUCCAAUCCGACUAUGUUUUGCAAUGA